CUUUGUUUGCAUGUUAUCUUGGUCAUAUGCACUAUUUGAUGUUGGAUUAAUCGUGCUAUUGGCUUGAUGCAAGUUAGUUCCUGUUAGCAAGUCCAUACCAAUUGCAGCCUGUGCUCAGUUGAUGUUGUGAUGCUUUUGCAGCAUGGAGUGUUUAUAUGUUGCAGGUUGUUGUACCUUGCAUUGGUUUUGUUGGCAUAAUGAUGAUGAUAACAUGAUGGUCAGCAGGAAGAACAAGGAAGAUACUGGUACGUGUGGACUUUGCAGUGGUUGUGCAAGACAUAUGUAUGUAUGCAGCAGCAAGCAAGGCAAGACAGGGUUCAUGUGUUUGCAACCAUGGGCAUGUUUGGCCAGAUGGAGUUAGGGUUAGAAGUGCGGCAAAACAUAGGUCAUGAUAUGGUGUUGUACAGGACCAAGGUUUUGAUGUUGUAUACCUGCUAUUUGAAGAUUGUGUCUCAACUUCCAACUCGAAUUCUCUGCAAAUUUCAUAACAGUACAGCAAGGUUAAAGAUGGGAGUCCCAGACUUCCAAGAAAGACAUGGCAAGAGGUUAGGAAAUCAGGUUCACAAGAGCUCCAAGAAACAUCAGGCCUUUCGAAAAUGAACCGAAAUCACUUCAUCUCUGCCAUGAAUUUCUCAUACUCUGAAUCAGCUCCAUACGACGUCUUUUCGGCCAAUGAGUUGGGAGGUGGAAUAGCUGCAUUUCCAAUGCUUUGGGAUUGAUCUGCAGAUGUGACUGUGGAAAUCAGCUUGCACUUGCAAUGCAACAGAUUGAGGCAGCCGGUAGAGGUGUACUUGUAUAUUUACGCGGACAUGAAGGUAGGGGUAUUGGAUUGGGCCACAAGCUCCGUGCUUAUAACCUACAGGAUGAUGGGCGCGAUACCGUAGAAGCCAAUGAGGAGUUGGGAUUGCCUGUUGACUCUAGGGAGUAUGGCAUUGGUGCGCAGAUACUGAGGGAUCUAGGUGUUCAAUCUAUGAAGUUGAUGACUAACAAUCUAUCCAAAUAUAUUGGUCUCAUAGGUUAUGGUUUAACUGUUUCUGGUAGGAUCCCAUGCUAUGAUUCACCGCAGCAGCAGCAAGGGCAGAAACUUCCUCUGCAUUUAUCCUUGCCUCCUCAGCUUUUGUAAGAGACUCGUCUGACAUAAUCCUCUUUUCAACAUUCCAGCCACUUUUGAGGCGAUCAGGAAGAGAUAGAGGAGAUACAGACUCAACUGAUUUCAACAGUAGUUACGGGCACAUUCACAACAGGGGUUGCAGUGGCGUUAGCAGGAGACAUAUGGUUGUUGACAACAGGAGUUGAUACCAGAUGGGACUGCAUACCAAGUCCUGGAUCAGGAGGUUUAUUGCUAGGGUACCAAUCACCAGUUUUGGGAUGUCUACUCACAGAAGGAACCUCAAAAAUUGGAGCCAAAUGCAUCCCUUUAUAAUUCUUCUUCUUUUCAUCGGUACAACUAAGAAGACGAGUAACAGGUCCAGGUUGUUUAACCUUCAUAUCAAAGUAAUUCUGACUUUCAAAAGAAAACAGUGUGUGCAACCUCCAAGAUACCUUCUUUACCCCUUCUGUAAAAUCAAUACCCAUCAUCAUCAACACCAUCAAAAUCAAAACUUUCUUCAUUGUAGCUAUAUUUCAAGGAUAGAUGCGAAAUGGGUGUUGGUCCAUCUCAGCUCAGUAGUUAAGAUGUGAAUGUAUCUGUAAUUCAGCUUGUCAAAUUAUUCUUUAGUAUACAGAAGAAACACUCUCAUACAUUGUGAGAUAAACAUGAAAAGUCAAUAUGCCUUUGAUAUUCAUUGUCAAAAAAAGUUGAAGGAUUUUGUGUUUUACAGGGCCUUCUUGAUUAUAAUUCAAGGCAAUUGCUUCUUU